CCCCGGGGCGCUCCCUGCUCCAUUUUCCUCCAGGGUGGCCGGGAACGCGGUCGGCUGCACCAUGGCCGGCAGCAGCAACGGGAUAGGCAGCAAACUCGCGGGAGUGACCAUCGGAGCUGCUUUCGGGCUAGGGCUGGCAGUAGUUGGUGUCCCGGCGGGCAUCUGCGCGCUGGGAUUUACACCGAAAGGCAUCAUCGCGGGCUCCGUAGCCGCCAAGAUGAUGUCGGACGCUGCCAUCGCCAACGACGGCGGAGUGCCUGCCGGCAGCAUCGUGGCCCUGCUGCAGUCGGCCGGAGCUGCAGGACUCUCCCUAGGUGCCAAAAUCGGGCUUGGGUCAGUCCUCGGGCCACUUGGUGCAGCAGCUGGUGCCUGGUGGCUUAAGUGAGGACAGGGUCAAGCUCCGCCACCGCCUCCUGAGCACAAAGCUGAGUAGCAGCAAGAAGAAACGCUUCAGCCCCAGCGUUUUGAAAGGCAGCGUGACAGUCGCUGCAAACCACGCUGCAGCCUCGCCACUUGCUUUGCUGUCUUCUUAAAAGCUGUCGGGCGGCUUGCGCGGAGCGUCCCGGAGCACAAUAAAGCUGGUCUCCAGGCGGG